ACAUAUGCUUGCCUGCCUCUGCAAGAGAAAUCAGGACUUAAAAAACCAUUUCCUAGCCUGUUCUCUUUUAAAAACCCUUUCAGCACACACACAGCACAAGUCAUGGCAGCAGCUGAAAUCUCUAGUUACAUUCUGUCUUCUCAGAGCGAAAAACACAGGAGAGCCAGGAACUGGACUGAUGCAGAAAUGAGAGGCCUAAUGGUGGUAUGGGAGGAAUACUUCGAGGAGCUGAAACAAACUAAAAGGAACGCCAAAGUUUAUGAGCGAAUGGCAAACAAGCUGUUUGAGAUGACAGGAGAGAAUCGCCACGGGGAAGAAAUUAAGAUUAAAAUAACAAACAUGACGUUUCAGUACAGAAAGUUGAAAUGCAUGAGCGAUGGGGAGUCUGUUCAUCCUGAUUGGCCUUACUUUAAAACUAUUGAUCGGAUCUUGUCUAAGCUGCCAGAGCAGAGUGACGGGAGGCAGCAAGCUGGGCCGUCCACUUCUCAAACAGAAGCUUCACAAUCCCCUUCUGCUAAAUCUACGCCGCUCUACUUACCCUACAAUCAGUUUACAUACGAGGAGAGAGAAGAAUGUUUCGAAGACGAUCAUUCAGAAAGCUCCACCAGUCUGCAGUCAUACAAACUGAGGACUGGUGAGAGAGUAGUUAAGAAAAGAAAGUUGCAGAGCUUCAAUUUCCAGAAGAAGAAACUGAAAAUCAUGGAGAACAUGUUGGAGGAACAGAAGAAGCUGAGCCGUGCCAUGGAAGAGACAUGUAGGGAAGUGAGGAGGAUAUUGGACCAACAGAACAUCAUCCAAGUACAAAGUCUACAACUUCAGGAAAGGAUGAUGAACCUCUUGGAGAAAAUGGUUUCUAAAUCGGCACCUUAA